UUUUUUUUUUUGGAGUAGAGAGUGACAGAUGGCGGCGGGUCCCGGGGGAGCCGGCUCUCCCCCAAUGCAGACGCAUGCCAAUCACCGUCUCUCAUGUGAUAGCUGCUGCCCGUGACGUGCCAAGCCCAUAUGGCCUGGCAUAGAGGCUGGUACCCCGCCUGGUAGAGAUGCCACACUCGCUCCGCGGCUCGCAUGGCGCUCUGAAGACGCCGGCGCCCGCCGCCUUGAGGAACCGCUGCCCCCGCUCCCUGAAGAUGGGGGAACAAUGAAAUAAGCGAGAAGAUUCCUCUUCUCCCCCCUCUCUCUCUUGCCCCCUCCCCCCUCCCCUCCCCUCUCCCCUUGACUCCUCUCUGAGGCACCAUGCUGACCCGCCUGUUCAGCGAGCCCGGCCUCCUCUCGGACGUGCCCAAGUUCGCCAGCUGGGGCGACGGCGACGACGACGAGCCGAGAAGCGACAAGGGCGACGCGCCACCGCAGCCUCCGUCUGCUCCCGGGUCGGGGGCUCCAGGACCCGCCCGGGCCGCUAAGCCAGUGUCCCUUCGUGGAGAAGACGUCCCCGAAGCCACGUUGGCCGAGGUCAAGGAGGAAGGCGAGCUGGGUGGUGAGGAGGAGGAGGAAGAGGAGGAAGAGGAAGGGCUGGACGAGGCUGAAGGUGAGCGGCCCAAGAAGCGCGGGCCGAAGAAACGCAAGAUGACCAAGGCGCGUCUGGAGCGCUCCAAGCUGCGGCGACAGAAGGCCAACGCGCGGGAGCGCAACCGCAUGCACGACCUGAACGCAGCGCUGGACAACCUGCGCAAGGUGGUGCCCUGCUACUCCAAGACGCAGAAGCUGUCCAAGAUCGAGACGCUGCGCCUGGCCAAGAACUACAUCUGGGCUCUCUCGGAGAUCUUGCGCUCCGGAAAGCGACCGGAUCUGGUGUCCUAUGUGCAGACUCUGUGCAAGGGGCUGUCGCAACCCACCACAAAUCUGGUGGCUGGCUGCCUGCAGCUCAACUCUCGUAACUUCCUCACAGAGCAGGGCGCGGACGGCGCCGGCCGCUUUCACGGCUCGGGUGGUCCGUUCGCCAUGCACCCGUACCCGUACCCGUGCUCUCGCCUGGCGGGAGCACAGUGCCAGGCGGCCGGCGGCCUGGGCGGAGGCGCAGCGCACGCCCUGCGGACCCACGGCUACUGCGCCGCCUACGAGACGCUGUACGCGGCGGCGGGUGGCGGCGGUGCCAGCCCGGACUACAACAGCUCCGAGUACGAGGGUCCGCUCAGUCCCCCGCUCUGUCUCAACGGCAACUUCUCCCUCAAGCAGGACUCGUCUCCCGAUCACGAGAAGAGCUACCACUACUCUAUGCACUACUCGGCGCUGCCUGGCUCGCGGCCCGCGGGCCACGGGCUGGUCUUUGGCUCGUCGGCCGUGCGCGGGGGCGUCCACUCUGAGAAUCUCUUGUCUUACGAUAUGCACCUUCACCACGACCGGGGCCCCAUGUACGAGGAGCUCAACGCGUUUUUCCAUAACUGAGACCUCGCGCCGACCCCCUUUCUUUUUCUUUGCCUUUGCCCGGCCCCCUAAUCCCAGCCCCGCGAGCUCGGGGGCUCCCACCGACUCCAGCGCCAGGCGCGCGGGGCGUGGGCCGCGGGUUCUGCGGCUCUCUAGGGCUGGCGCGGUCUCUUACCUGUGGGUGGCCCGUCCCAGGGGCCUCGCUUCUCCCUGGGGACUCGCCUUCUCUCUCCCAACGGGCUUCCUCUUCCCUUCUCCAGUGGAGUGCUUCUCUGGGGACCUCCCUCCCGGCUCUCCCUGGAGACUCCUUCCGCAUUCCCAAACUUGGGUUUUCUCUCCCCACCUCCCAGUAGGCCAUAAGGCUUUGGUGAGGGGCAGCUGAGUUUCGGGAUAGUGUCUCCGCUUAGGAAACUUUUAAAAAAGACACUGAGCUGCCCAGGCCGAAAGGAGUUGGUAUCUCUUCCUUCUCGAAGAGGGCAAAAGCCAGGGCGUUCAAACGCCUUCACCCCAACCCGAAUCUCCGCGUUUUUUUUUAAUUUUUAUUUUGGUGGGAGGGGAUGUGGAUUGAGAGAAAAGAGAGAGGCCAAGCCAAUUUGUAACUAGAAUCAUGUUUCCUUUUCCCUUUUUAAAAAAAACAAAUAUACAAAAGAAAAAAAAAAAAAGCUAAGAGGCGACAGAGGCCGAACUCAGAGUCCGGAUCGGAGAGAAAACGCAGUAAGAACUUUUAGAAGCAAUAAAAGGCAAAAUAAUAAUAAUAUUAAUAAUAAAUACUACCAAUAAUAAUUUUUAAAGAGACACAAA